AUGAACGGUUGUGAUUGUGUUCUAACUAUAAAUGCAUGUGACCCAGUAUUAAAUUCAUCUCUCUUGAAAUUUGCAUUUGCAACGCUGAGUGAUUUAAUGUUUGCAUCUGUGACUCGAAUCCAUGAUAUCCAAAAUAAAGUAUCUGCUUCCAACCAGACAAUUUUUUCCGUCAUCAGCAAUGACAGGUCCACCUUUGUUGUUGAUAUUGAGGAAUGUACAUGCACGUGUCGGAUGAUGCAAGUCGAUCUGAUGCCCUGUCCACAUGCAUUGGCUGUAAUUGCGCAUACAAAAAGGGAUCCGUAUGCUUACUGUUCAUAUUAUUACACAAAUGAUGCAUUUUUAAAAGCUUAUGAACAUUCAGUAUAUCCUAUUGGAAACCCAGACGAAUGGACAGUUCCUAAUGAAGUACAAAAUCGAAUUGUGUUACCUCCUAACCAAAAACAAAGUUGUGGAAGACCUACAGAGAAAAGGAAGAGAUCAUCUAGGGAAGGCAAACCGAAA